AUGCCGGAGCUGUACGACUUACUUCUGUAUCGCGGCGCCGAAACUCUCACCCUAGAUCGUUUGGAAGGAAUGUUUGGACCACAGAAGGAUGCCAUUUGCGUAGAUUGGGUUAUGGUAGGCGAGUCUAUUUGGAUGUUCACAGUUCGGGCCGGAGAACAGCCAGAAGCCCAUGAACUCGAUAUCAGCCUAGGGAAGGUCUCUUCAUGGAUCAAAGGGAACCUCAAAGCUGAGGCAUUGCGGAGGCCUAACGCAAAUGACCGGAUGCGGAAAUUGGACGCCUUGGUUGCACCUUUAGCAACGGCAUCAAAGAAGGAGGAGCUACUGAUCUUUUGCCCGGCCGGCAUGCUUGGUGCUCUCCCUCUCCAUGCACUUCAGAUCGAUGGCAACCUGAUUUUAGAGCGCAAUCCAGUCGUGUACUCUUCCAGUCUCGCGGUGCUGCAACAUUGCUUGCUUCGUCGUUCGGACCGCUCCGAUAACGGUCGUGAGGUGACCAUAAUCGGGAAUCCUAAGGAAGACUUGGCGGCAGCGGAAGAGUCAGUCAACGCCGUUUCCAAACGGUUCAACACGCAACCAUUGCUCGGCUCGGCGGCAACGAAAUCAGCCUUUGAGGACAAAGCCGGCAGUACAGCGAUCUUCCACUACCACGGCCAUGCGUACUUCAAAGUAGAAGAUCCGCUUAGCUCUGCUUUCAAGAUGAACGAUACUCCACUCACAGCUAGAAUUAUCCUGUCUCUCCGUCUGGUCGCCACACUGUUUGUUAUGAUCGCUUGCGAGUCAGCGCAGCAGGAUAUCCAGAUUGGAGAGGAGCCGAUCGGGCUCCUACCCAUGCUUCUUCUAGCAGGAACCAAUGCCGCUGUUGGGACCUUAUGGAGGUGUUCGGAUUCAGCCGGCAAAGAGUUCACGGAAGCUUUCUACGAUGGAAUGCUCUUGCAAAUCAAAGAGACAUCGCCCGAUCCUGGAAAGGACAGCCUGGUUGAUAUCGCAAAAGCACUCCGUAACGCAGCGCUGGAAGUUCGAAAGAAGCGUCCAGCUCCGUACUUUUGGGCACUAUUCGUUAUGCAUGGCAAUUGGCAGUGUUCCCGAAGAUCAGGAUGGCUAGUAAAAGACUGA